AGCAGGCGCCGUCGCCAAUGUACCGUCACCAGGCGGCUCCGGGAUCCUGUUUUCCCCCGAGCAGCUAUGAGCAAGCGGAACCAGGUUUCGUACGUGCGGCCAGCCGAACCGGCGUUCCUGGCUCGCUUCAAGGAACGGGUCGGCUACAGGGAGGGCCCUACCGUGGAAACCAAGAAAACAGCUGAGAGGAUGCCCACCAAACUGAAGCCCUUGGAAGGGAAGAGAGAUCAUCAGAGAAUCCAGCCUCAGCUCCCAGAGGAAGAUGGUGAUCACAGUGACAAAGAAGAUGAACAGCCCCAAGUGGUGGUUUUAAAAAAGGGAGACCUGUCAGUUGAAGAAGUCAUGAAGAUUAAAGCAGAAAUAAAGGCUGCCAAAGCAGAUGAAGAACCGGCUGUAGUUGAUGGGAGAAUUAUGUAUCGAAAACCAGUCAAGCGUUCCUCGGAUGAAAAAUAUUCAGGUCUAAUAGCAAGCUCGAAAAAGAAGAAGGCAAAUGAAGAUGAAAUAAAUAAGCAGGACUCAGUUAAAAAGAACUCACAAAAGCAAGUCAAAAACAGUUGCCUCCUUUCUUUUGACAAUGAGGAUGAAACUCAGUAAGUGUAAAUAUUUUGGACUUAAGUCUUCCUUAAGAGUAUAUAGGUUGUUUUCUAAAGUAACACUUUUUUAUUUCUAUUUAAAGAUGACACAAAUUCAUUAUAGAAAAUUCACAGGGGCACCUGGGUGGCUCAGUGGGUUGAAGCCUCUGCUUUCCGCUCUGGUCGUGAUCCCGGGGUCCUGGGAUCGAGCCCUGUGUCGGAGCCUGCUUCCUCCUCUCUCUCUGCCUGCCUCUCUGCCUACUUGUGAUCUCUGUCUGUCAAGUAAAUAAAUAAAAUCUUUCAAAAAAAAAAAAAAGAAAAUUCAGAAAAAAAUGAGUAUGAUAAAAAUUUUAUCUAUCAAUACCCCUUUGACAUGAGGCUAACUCUGUAGAUAUUAACUAUUAUUAACAUUUUGGAACUCCCACGUGUGGGGUAUGUAUGUAUGUAAAUUAUAUUUUUUAAACAAAAUUGAGAUUAUUUUGUGUAUGUUUUCUGUCCUGCUUCUCACAUGACAUUAUAUUCUGAGCAUUUUUCCAGACCGGUAAAAUUCAGAAACUUAAUUGCUGUAGAGGAUUUUGUCAUUGAACAGAGCACCUAUUGCAUCUUCAUUAGCAGAAGCCCACUUUCGAGGAAGAUGAUAAUAUGCCUAGUUAAGAAUACCUCCCCAGCUCCUGCUAAAGGUAGCUAUAUCACAGCUCUGGCAAUUUGAGAAAUAAAAAUGGAUCUUGUACAAGUGAGCUUCCAACACAAGUGUCUUGACAGAAGAGAGGAUCUAAUGUAUAACAUGGAGACUGUAGUUAAUACACUGUAGAAAAGAGAGAUACAAGUAGAAGUCUGCUUUAUAAAGCUACAAGGUGUUUGAUACAAGAAAGCAGAUCUGGCAAGCUUGAACCUUUGUCCUUCUGUCUACAUCCUGCUACAUCCAGGAGCACAUACAUGAAACCUAGGAGUACUAGGUGCUCUGUUUUUUUUGGCCUAAGGAAGGCAGAUCCUUUCUGUGGCUGGUUUAGUGGAAAGACUCAAGGCACUUGGAUCCUGAUAGCAUGUUUCAAGGAGCUACUGCACCACCCACGGACUGCCAACCUCAGGACUUGAUACAUGAGAAUAAACCAAAAACUGUAGUCAGUAAUACUGCUUGCUGACACCUGAGAAUUCAAUGUCUCCUGCCCUCCUAUUCCCUUAAGAGACCCCCUUUAGUCUUGUGCUCCAAGAAUCUGUCAGCCUCAAAAAUAAAAGCCAAUUAUUUUACCAGCA